AUGAAGUUCGUCAGGUUUAUUAUGAAAAACGCCGCGUUGGCCAGCGCGCCUAAACAUAUCGAGCAUUUCUCGAAAUUUUCUCCGUCACCUCUCUCCAUGAAGCAGUUUCUGGAUUUCGGAUCCAUUAACGCCUGUGAGAAGACAUCCUUUGCCUUUCUGAGGCAGGAGCUUCCAGUAAGACUUUCCAAUAUCAUGAAGGAGAUUAAUCUGCUCCCUGACAAACUGCUCACGACCCCAUCUGUGAAAAUGGUGCAGGGCUGGUAUGUCCAGAGUCUAAUGGAGAUCCUUGAAUUCCUGGACAAGAAUCCUGAUGAUCACAAAGUCCUCGGAGAGUUUGUUGAUGCCUUAGUUACCAUCAGAAACAGACACAAUGAUGUAGUGCCCACCAUGGCCCAGGGUGUCAUCGAAUACAAAGAGGCCUUCCCCCAGGAUGUGGCCACCAACCAGAACAUCCAGUACUUUCUGGACCGCUUUUAUAUGAGCCGGAUCUCAAUCCGUAUGCUCAUCAACCAGCACACUCUCAUUUUUGAUGGUACCAAUAAUCCAGUGCACCCAAACACCAUUGGCAGCAUCGAUCCUCACUGUAAAGUUGGAGAUGUAGUCCAGGAUGCCUUCAAAAGUGCCAAGAUGCUAUGUGACCAGUACUACCUCUGCUCCCCUGAUCUGAUACUUCAGGAGAUGAACUUGAAGAAGACAAAUCAUCCAAUCAGCAUUGUUUAUGUGCCAUCUCACCUUUAUCACAUGCUGUUUGAGCUCUUCAAGAAUGCUAUGAGGGCUACCAUUGAGAUUCACGAGAGCAGCAACAACCUUCCACCUAUUAAAGUCAUGGUGUCUGUUGGAGCUGAGGACUUGACCAUUAAGGUGAGUGACAAGGGUGGCGGUGUCCCGUUUCGUAGGACCGAGAACCUUUUCAGCUACAUGUACUCUACUGCUCCUGCUCCACAGAUAGGAGACCACAAACGGCCUCCGCUGGCUGGAUUCGGCUACGGUCUGCCCAUCUCUCGUCUCUACGCCAAGUACUUCCAGGGGGACCUGCAGCUCUACUCCAUGGAGGGCUACGGCACAGACGCUGUCAUCCACUUGAAGGCGCUGUCCACAGACUCCAUCGAAAGGCUGCCGGUGUACAACAAAACUGCUCUGAAGAACUACAAAAUGAGCCAAGAGGCUGACGACUGGUGUGUGCCCAGCAAAGAGCCCCUAGAUCUGAGCAUCUAUAAGGUGACCAAGUGAAAUCUCCUCCAGGCAUGGAUACAGUGAAGCCUCCAGAAUGUCUUCAUAUUCCCAUGUCAUCUCCUGCCAACAAGAUGGGAACCAGACUUUACUUUUUCACUCUGAGAACCCUCUACAGACAAAGGGGCCUUUUUAAUUUCAGCCUGUUUUUAGCAGUAGCUACAGUGUUAGUGCUUUCUGUUAUCCUUUUCAUGAGAACAUGCACACAUCCGAAAUGGCUACUGACAGGAUAUGCAUUACAGUCUCUCAGACUUUGAAGUCACUCCAAUGUUGCUGAACUAUGUAUCAGUGGGGAGUGUGGGGUUAGAUUCUCGAGGAAGGGGCAGGCAGGCAUCAUGCAGCGCGGUGUUUAAAAACAGAGCAAAUGAGUGAUUUCAUACGAUUGCUGUUGAAGAGUUUUCACAGCUGUUGAAUAAGGGACAUGCGAAGGUAUUCGGUUAACAGGAAGUGCCUGUUGUUCAGCCUUAUCACAGCAAUUUCACCCAGAGGCUCACUUUCUUCUAAUACUUGAAAAAUAUAAACUAAAACUUGUGUUGCACAUUGUUACAUUUUGCUGUACUGUGAUGCUGUUUGGGGUGCAGAUUUGAACAAAUUGAACGAUUUUGUGCAUGAAAAGUUGUUCAGCUUUUUUUCUAAAAAAAAAAAAAAAAAAAAAAAAGUGUGUUUUCAACCUUUAAAAAAAAAAAAAAAAA